AUGUCCUUUCUUGGAAACUGCGUCCCGUCCUUCAGUUUCCGACCUGGUGGUCAUGCCUCCGGCGCUGGCGCUCCCUUUGCUUCUGGUGCUGGUGCUGGCGCUGGCGCUGGUGGUGGUGCCGGUGCUGGUGGUGCUGGUGCAGCUACUGCUGUGGCCCAGUCUCAGGCGCAGCAGCAGCAGCAGGCACCCUCUUACCCGGCAUACAAGGGCUACAACCAGCAGCUGAAUGACAUGGACGGCAUGAUGGAUGACCUGGCAGACAUCUACGGUGAUGUCGGCGGCCACGUGUCCAUGUCUGCCGCGUCAGGCCCUGCUGCCACGUCAGCAGCCCCGCCCACCAACGCCAUGGGCGCGUCAGCGGGAGGGGGAGCGCUGGGCGCCACAAACGGCCAAGGGGGCCCCGGGAUGGGGGCAGGGGGAGUGGGGCAAGGCGGGGAGAUGGCGGGAGGAAUGGGGGCCAUGGGGGCCAUGGCGGGCGUGGGGGCGAGUGUGCAGGAGCAGGUGGAUGAGGAGACGCGCAUGAUGUCUGCCAUUGUGGAUCAGGCCACCACGGACUGGCAGAGGCCUCCAGAUCAGUUUGGGGGCCGUGGCUACGGCCGAGGAGGAUUCUACGGCAGAGGAGGUGGUGGUGGGCGCUUUCCCUUUCCCCAACGAAAUGCAGUUCCACAUCCCGGUUACAUCUGCUACCGCUGCAAUAAACCAGGUCAUUACAUCAAGCACUGCCCCACUAACGGCGAUCCAGCGUUCGACGUGGUGAGGAGGGUGCGGCCCCCCUCGGGCAUCCCCAAGAGCUUCCUGCGCCCAGACCAGGGAGGGGGCUACCUCAUGCCUGAUGGGUCCAUGGCGUCUAUGGGCGCGCAGGAGAUGCAGCAAGGCAACGAGCAAGCCUUCGCAAGGGAGGAGACAGAACCGUUUCUUGCCCCCAUGCGGCAGCCACAGGCAGCAGAGGUCCCUCCGGAGCUCAAAUGCCCGCUCUGCUCCUCGCUCUUCCGCAAUGCGGUGCUCAUCCCCUGCUGCCACCUCUCCUUCUGCGACCAGUGCAUUCGGCAGCAGCUACUGGCAAAAGGGAGCUGCCCCAAGUGCUCAUCCACCCAGUACCGCAACGAUGACCUCCUGCCCAACAUGACACUCCGCCAGGCUGUUGAUCGCUUCAAGGCCGCACAGUUGCAACCUGGGGGGGUAGCAAAGGAAGGGGGGAAGGAUGGGGAGGAGGGGAAAGAGGAGGAAGGGGGAGAGGCGGAGAAGCAGCAGGAAGGGGGAGAGGAGGAAGAAGAUGAAGUGAGUGAUGGUGUGACAGGGCCUGCUAGCACCACCUGUCCUGCUGCUGAUGGCGUUGGUGGUGAUAAUAGUGCUGCUGCUGGUGCUGCUGGUGGUGCUGAUGGUGCUGGUGGUGCUGGUGGUGAUAGUGCUGAUGGUGGUGGUGAUGGGGAUGGGGAUGGUGACACUGCUGCUGCUGAUGCAGCGGUUGUCACUCCUGAGGGUGACAGUACUGGGGGUGCUUAUGCUGAGGGCGAUGGGGAGGUGAAUGGAGGAGCAGGAGGGGAAGGAGGGGAAGGGGAUGGUGCGGAGGGGGAAGUGGAAGGUGGGGAGGAAGGAGGCGAAGGGGGAGAGGGCGGAGGUGGGGAAGGAGGGGAAUGGGGAGUGGAAGGAAAAGGAGGGAAAACGGGGAAGGAAAAGAAGGUCAAGGGGAAGAAGAAGAAAAAGAAGCUUAAACAGAAGCAGCAGGAGCAGCAGCAGCAAGAGCAAGAGCAGCAGCAGCAGCAGCAACAUAUGGAUGGGCAAAUGGGGACAGCAAUGGGUCAAGCAGGAGCAAUGGGGCCGAUGGGUGGGGGGCAGAUGGGGCAGAUGGGGCAGAUGGGGCAGAUGGGCGGGGGCCAGAUGGUUCCGCACAUGGGAGGCCCUAUGGGGGGGAACAUGGGGGGAAACAUGGGGGGGAACAUGGGGGGGAACAUGGGGGCAAACAUGGGGGGGGACAUGGGUGGAGGGCCAAUGGGCAUGGGAAUGGGGAUGGGUUCUGACAUGGGAGGCAUGGGCGGAGGGAUGGGCGGAGGUAUGGGCGGAGGUAUGGGCGGAGGCAUGGGCGGAGGUAUGGGUGGAGGCAUGGGCGGAGGUAUGGGCGGAGGCAUGGGACCUGGGAUGGGGGGAGGCAUGGGGCCUAUGGGGGGACCAAUGGGGGGGCCUAUGGGGGGGCCUAUGGGGGGGCCUAUGGGCGGGGGGAUGGGCGGACCUAUGGCGGGCCCUAUGGGGGGUCCGAUGGGUGGUCGUAUGGGCCCUAUGGGGCCUAUGGGCGGUCCUAUGGGGGGUCCGAUGGGGGGACCUAUGGGGGGGCCUAUGGGGGGACCGAUGGGGGGGCCUAUGGGGGGACCAAUGGGGGGAGGGCCACAUAUGGGAGGGCCAGAUCAUUUUCACAACCAGCAGCAAGGCUGGCAUGGUGGUAAGUCCCCUCUUUGCCUUGACCGCGCCUGCUACACGUGUGGGGCCAAGGAUCACAUGAUGCGGGACUGCCCUCUCUUCCCCUCCCCCGUGGCAGAGUUCGGAUGGAACCAGGGCAUGGGUCCCAAUAUGGGAGGCGAUUUCAACAUGGGGCAUGGCUUUGGGGGCGGGGGCAUGGGGGGAGGCAUGUCAGGAGGCAUGGGCGGUGGCGCUGGUCCAUUCGGGCGUGGAGGUGGGGGGAGGGGGAGAGGCGGAAGGCUUGGGGGGAGAGGGGGAAGAGGCAGGGGCGGAGGAGGGAAAAUGGGUUUUCCCGACAGGGGGGGUAGGGGGGAGAGGGGGGAUUCUAGGGGGAGGGAUGAGAUAGCGGAACGUGAGGGAGAGGGAAGAGGAGAGAGGAGGCAGCGGGGGAGAGAGAGGGAGGAGGAGGAGGACUGGGGAAGCGAGGACAGGGGUGUGGGGAGGGGAGAGGGCAGGGGAGAGGGGAGGGGAGAGCGAGCAGGCAGCAUGCAACGAAACACCCCUUCAGUGCAGCAGGAGUCUGAAGGAGGGGAAAGCAGGGAGAGAGGCGGGGAGAGGAGGAGAGGAAGCAAGGAGAGGAGGAGGGAGAGAGGGGAGGAGGAGGAGAGGGGCAGAAAGAGGAGCAGGGAGAGAGGAGAGGAAAAGGGAGAAGAGGAGAGGCUGUAUGGUGUGAAUGAAGGGGAGGAGGAAAAUGUGGAGGGAGAUGGAGCAGAGAGGAUGAGAAGGAAGAGACCGAUUGGCGAGAGGCUCAACUUCUCUGCUGCCAGGGAGGGCGAAGGGGGCAGCAACUUUCAGCAGAAACAGUCGGAGGGACGGUGGCAGGGAGGAAGGGAGGGACACAUGGGGGUGAGGAGAGAGGAGAGGGGAGCAAGGGAAUGGGGAGAGAGAGGAGUAGGAGGCAGAGGAGGGAUGGGGGGGAGGGGUGGGGGACCAUGGCAGGGGAGGGGGAGGGGAUCACGAGGUGAUUGGGAUGGGGAUGGGGAUAGGGAUGAUCGUGAUGGUGAUUGGGGGAGUGGAGAGGAGGGGAGUGCUGCAGCAGGUGAUAGAGCACGGGAGUAUCGAAGAGGGGAUGGUACUGGGGGAAGAUUAGGUAAGGGUAAAAAUCGGUACCGAGGGGAGAGUGAGGGAGAGGAGGACGAGGAGGUGGAAGGGAGAGGGAGGUCCCAGGCUUCUAAGGAGUAUGGUUAUAACGAGGACGAGGAAAGCGGUGGGAGGAGGAGGAGGAGGCAUAGGUUCAAGGAUCAAGAAGAGGAGGAGGGGGGGAGGUGGGAGAGAGGAUUGAGAGGGAUGCAGAAGGAGGAAUGGGAAGAGGAAGGGGAUGAUGAUAAUGGGGUGGGGGAAAAAGCAGGAGCACGAGGGAAGGGGAGGAAGAGGAGGGGGCGGAGCAAGGGGGUGGGAGAGGGGGAGUGGGAAGAGGAUGUGGGGGAUGGUGCUGCUGCUGUUGGUGUGGCUGUUGCUGCUGUUGAAGAUGGGAAGCAGGAGAAGAAAAAGAAGCUAAAACGAGCGCGGAAAUAUGAAAAUGGUGGUGAUGAGGGAAGAGGUGGAAUGGGUGGGGGGGAUGAUGCGACAGAGGGUCGAGCAGAGGGAGAGCCGAGCAGACGCAAGUCGCCUCGCUUCGCGGCUGCGGAGAAGCCUGUGAAAGAAGAUGAGGAAGAUCCGACGGCCUCGGAUGAGAAGAACAAGGAAUCUACGGCUGGCGAUGAGGCGAACCCGAAAGAUCUUUACGCGGUUCUCGGAGUGAAUCGCGACGCGACGCACGCGGAGAUUCGCAAGGCGUAUCACCGCAUGGCGCUUCGGCUGCAUCCCGACAAGAACCCGGGCGACGAGACGGCCAAGGAUCGCUUUCAGGCGCUGCAGCGGGUGUUUGCAGUGUUGGGAGACGCUGAGAGGCGGAAGAUAUACGAUGAGACUGGCUGCACUGGCGAUGGGGACGGAGAGGAUGGCACUGGACUUUCGGGCAACACCGUUGCAGACCUUUACACGUUUUUCCGAACGAUGUAUAGCGAGAUCACAGUGGCAGGCAUCGUAGCAUUUGAGAGGCAGUACCGGGGAUCAGAACAGGAGGCCAAGGAAUUCAAGGAGCUGUACGAGCGAUUCAAAGGGCGGAUGAACAUGGUGCUGGAGUGCCAAAUCUGUGCACGGCCGGAGGUUGACUCGCACCGCUUCAAAGAUAUACUUGAUGCUGCUAUCGAAUCAGGCGAGCUGAAGGCUACUAAGGCGUACAAGAGAUGGGCUGCAGAAGUUGCCAAGAAACCUGCUCCUGCCGACCCUCUUGCUGCGGAGUAA